AUGCGUUUUGGAGAGAUCGCAAUGGAAGCCGCCGAUCUGCGAGUGCCGGACAUUCCGCUCGCCUCGUGCGACGACGAGGACAUCGAUAGCAACAAGAAUUUGAGCAAGUAAGGGAUUGUGGUCUUUUCGGGGGCUCCCAGGGUCUUUGUACUUGUAGAACAAAUCAUAUUGUCCAGAAAACGUUUUGACAAUCCAAUCUUUUAAAUUUCGCACAAGCAGUUUAGAAAUGCAACGAGCUCAUCCCGACCAUCCAUAUGGAAAAGAGUGUUAAUGAGCACACAAACCCAUUCAUAAAUCUCAUUAGUUGUAUCCGAAUGCUCAGAACAGCCCAUAAAACGUUUUCCCCUCUCACCCCCAUUCCAUCCAAAUGAAUUGAUGAUUGGGGGCAAGUGUCGUUGAGAGGGCACUCGGGAGAAGAAGAAGCUCACACGCACACAGAGCACAUUAUCUAAUUAUGGGAUCUAGAAGGAGCCCCUAGAGGAAUGAGCACGAAACGUACUUGCUUCUUGAGCCAAAGUGUACUCAACUCAUGAGUAUUUUUAGCCAUUCGUCCGAUGAGAAACAAUAUCACUCGAGCAGUCAGAGCAGCGACGAGGAUCGACUUCAUGACGAGUUUUCCGGAUCCCUGGAGGUUAAUAACGUCAUUCCGUUCGGAAGCCAUAACUUCUCUUUGCAGGACCUGGUCGGCAACUUUGACGAGAAAAUCGCAGCAUGCCUGAAGGACCACGAAGUGACGACGGCAGACAUUGCGCCGGUGCAAAUACGCACUCAGGAGGAAGUGAUGAACGAGAGCCAGUGCGUUUUUGUUGAAAAGAAUUGGAAAGAAGGGUCUUGUGGCGCUGAAUUUGACAUUUUCUUGGAAGUGAAGUUUGAAAGUUUUGAAACUCAAAAUUGGCUCGUCUGGACUUUUCACCCUUCAAUUAUCCGAUCAGGCAUUGGUUCUGUGUAUCUGAUCUCAAGAAAAACAGGCCUGAAUUGGGAGAUUCAAAAAUCCAAUCGAGUUCAAACUUCCAUUGAAUAUAAAAAUAGUCCAUAGGAUCCAAUACGAUAAUUGCAAGUUGGUCGAACGUCUAGACGCUGACUUAUCGUUACACUUUCAGUCAGUUCGUGAUUUUCAUAAUGUCACAGGAUAAAAUUUCCAGACCCUCAUUCCCAAUUAUCCCAACAAUUAUAUUGCAGAACGUGGUGGACGCUAACCGGAAACUUUGGAAACAUUCAACCGCUCGACUUUACCACUUCUUCGAUAUGCAAAAAGAUGGCGGCCGCUCUGGACCAUGAUUCAUUGGUAACGUCCCGCUCUUCCACAUUUCCGUCGUCCCUUCUCCACUUGUUAUUCACUUUGUGCCUUCCUUUCCCCUCUUUUUCUCUGGAGCUGGUGCCAAAGGAAGGAGAAGAAGGCAAAGUCGUCGUUGUUUUGCCUCCUUCUGCUCCUCUGUCUCCGUCUCGCUCUUAUUGAUUUGGGAGCCCCUCGAGCACGAGCCGAUGCUCUCCCGUUUUGGAGGAGGCAGGACGGAAAAGGGAACUCUGUCUCCGCGCUCCUCCAUUCUAUUAAACACCCCCUCUUUCCAUAGAAACGUCUUCGGGUUUCGGGCCUUUUUCAUUCAGAUUAUCAUUGUGGGGCAUGAAACCACGCGCUAUCGUACUUUACGUGAACUCAGUUCCAAAUCGGAAGAGUUAACGGUCGGUCAUGUGGGAUUGCGGUAGAGCGCGGUUGCAAGAACUCUGAGAUGAGUACUUAGGUAUCUGAAUGGGUCGCCAUUGUCCAAACUUCCUUAGAACCUUACCCAGUAAUUCCUCAAUACCUCUUCUCAAUUCCAGAAAGACGACGCCUCCACGCGCCGAAGCAUGACGAACUCGGACGACGAGGACCUGCUCCGCCAGCAGAUGGACGUGCACCAGAUGAUCGGACACCACCACGGAUCCUCGGACACUGGCGGAGAGACGCCCCCGCAGACGGCCGAUCAGGUCAUCGAGGAGAUCGACGAGAUGUUGCAGGUACGGAUUCCGAACCCGAAAAAAAAGAGGUUCCGACUAUACCACUCUUGUUCCAUGUCAAACUAAGCCUCGGUUUGAGCUCCUAAGCCCUUAGAUUACCAUCCGAAUUUCCAUUUUUCAGUCGUGCGACUUCACCGGCUCAAUGAUGACCGAUCGGACGAUGGAGUCCGUCGAUUCGAUGUACUCGUCGAUGCGUUCCCCGUUUCCCUCCUCGAUUCAGUCAUCCGAUGCGGACAUUAAACUCCGAAGUGCACAGGCUCUCGUGAGCAACCCGACAGUAAGUUUACGUGCUCUUUUCUUUUCUUUCGAGAAAAUUGCUCCAGAAAUGUCACAUUUCUCACGUUUUCCCACAAACUUUUCAAUCAUUAGACUACGGUAUCUACCGUAACCCUUCUCUCCAACUUCUAACCUUAAUUUCAAUUUCUGUCCGUUCAGCAGCCAAACUAGCGACGUUCCACUCGGGUAUAUACAAUAUAUAGAUUUUCCAUUAUAUUUUGCGUGCCAAUGUCGUCCAUCUAUCUCUAUCCCAUUCCUUAUUUCCUGUUGUCAAUGGAGCGCAUUCGCUUGCCCUUAGUUUCUGCAGAGUGUGUGCGUGUCUGUGCAAUUGCGCUCCGCUGACAAGUAGUGAGGUGGAGCGCACUUUAACAGAUCAGUUCACUUUUCACACCCCACGCACACACACAUACACCGCCGUACCGUUGUGAUUUUAACCUAAAAGCACCGAAAAGCCUCUCACAAAUUGCACCAAAGCAAAGAAAAAAGCGAUUUCCAGUUGUCAAUUGUCAUUUUUCAAUAUUCAGACCUUCAAGAGCUCUCCUACUCGAAAUUGGUGACACUCUGCGCCGAAAUGGAGCAGCUAAUUCGGGUGUACAACGAGAGUCUUGUUGAUGAGCUCGCCCAUCGGUUCGUUUCAUUUUUUUUCCACUAGGGUUUCCAGAAAAACCCGAUUUCCAGAAAAAAUGCUCAAUUUUUCAUGCUUUCAGAGACGAAUUGGACUACGAGAAAGAGAUGAAAAACUCGUUCAUUUCACUUCUUUUGGCGAUCCAGAACAAGCGGCGAGUGUUCGCGAACGACCGGAAACGGAAGGGCGGAAAAGUGGACAGCGCUCAGUUGCCACAAUAUUUGACGGCCACAAUUCCGUACAACGACAAUCAACAUAUCGAUAAUGCGUCGAUUGCGUCGCUCAUUAAAAGUGAGUCAUUCGAAAGGGAUCGGAGAGAGAAAUGGACGGGAGUGGUCGGUCAGCUGUUGACUGAUCAUGAUCAGAAUCUCCUGAUGAGAUUAUAUUUAACCGGGGGACCAAAUACUUUUUUGCAGUCCUCCGCGCGAUCCACGACGACAGCACGACGGUGCCGACGCUGCUGACGGACUACAUUCUGACGCAUGUGUGCCCGAAAAACAUUUCCUGUUAA